GGAUAUUUAUGGGCAGAGAUGCGAGCGGCUUGGAAUGAAUAAGUAUAAGAUCCCCGGCAGCUCGGACCCUCACAACAUCCUUGGCCCCAAGAACAUUACUAUUACCUGGGCAUCAAGGACUAUCGACCAAUAACAUCGCUCAAAAUGUCAGCAUCAACUAUCGAACGCUACGAGCAGGUACCUGUUACCAAGGAAGACCUCGACUGGGCCGACCUUGUCACUCUUGACUUAAGUUUAUAUGAGCAACCGGGGGGCAAAGAAGAAUUAGUAAAGCAGCUUGACCAUGCGGUCCGAAAUGUCGGUAUGUUGGCCAUGACACACUUCCCCAGUUAUACAUACUCUAACGCGAGCAACAUAGGCUUUUUCUACGUCAAGAACUUCAACAUCUCCCAGGAGGAGGUUGACAGGCAGUUCGCUCUCGGACGAGAGUUCUACGCCCUUCCCCUAGAGGAGAAGCUCAAGUACCACAACCAGGCCGACCUAGAAAGCGGCGAGUACAACGGCUACAGGCCAGCAGGACACCGAGUCCUCGGAAACGGUAUCAGGGACAAUGUCCAAGUCUACAACAUCCCGAAAUUCGACGGCUUCCACGCGCGCGCACAACCGCCUGUCCUCCAAAACAACAUCAAAGAGAUCGAAGAAUUCUCGCGAAAAUGCCAUUCAGAAGUAGUCGUCAAGCUCCUGCGCCUAUUCGCCAUCCUCCUCGAGCUGCCCUCCGAAGACCAACUAGUGCGCGACCACCUCUACGACGCGCGGGGCGAGGACCACUUGCGGUACAUGCACUACGCAGCGCGGAGCGCGGAAGAGAACAAGCUCGUGGGUGAUUUAUACGGGGUCGGACACACGGACCUAGGGACCGUGACGCUGCUAUUCCGGCAACCGGUGGCGGCGCUGCAGAUCCUGAAUUCGGCCGGCCAGUGGAAGUGGGUGAAGCCGCAGGACGGAACAAUCACGAUUAACACGUGCGACGCGCUGACGGCGCUUACCGGGGGACUGAUCAAGUCGAGUGUUCACCGCGUGCACGCGCCGCCGGCGGACCAGGCGCAUGUGGAUCGUCUGGGGGUUCUGUACUUCGCGCGGCCGAAUAACCAUGUGGUACUGGACCCGAUUAAGAACAGUGCGCUGUUAAACCGGUUGGGGUUGACGUCGAAUGUGUUUACGGAGCUGGGCCAACACUUGACGACGGAGCAGUGGGUUAAGGUGCGGCAGACGCAGCAGCAGAGACCGCGUGUUGAGGCGAAGAUCUCGGAGGAUGGGAAGUAUACUUAUGAGAAGAAGGAUUUGGAGAUUCUGCCGGGGUUGCAUGCUGCUAUUCAUAACUAGGUUGAGCUUGAGUUAAGGCUUUGGAAUAGGAAAUGAAAUAUGGAUGGUGGUGUGUAUUACAUCUAAAUGAAACGCCGU